AUGGAAGAUAGAGGCUACACCAAAAAUAAAGAGCUUCCUAUGGAGGGCCUGUCACAACUCCAUCCCUACAAAGCAAAGGAAGCUUUAUACAAGAGGAAGGUGACUGCAGAACCAUACUGUCACCGAUGCAAAGCAGAUUUUUCUGAAACUAUUGAGCACAUUUUGUUCUUAUGCCCCAAGGCCCGGCAGGUAUGGUUUGGAUCCUAUUUUGGUUAUAAAAUAAGAGCUGAGCAGUUUGACACGCUGGAUAGGUGGCUGGAGCAAAUCUUUACUCUGAAGGAGAUCCCUGCUAGUGAGAAGAAGGAAAUCUUGACAAAGAUAGCCUUUAUCUGUUGGAACCUUUGGAAGAGCAGGUGUAGAGAAAACGACACCAUUCUAAAGGGUCUCAACCAGACUGAGAAAUGGCAGAAGCCUGAGGCAGAAUGGGUAAAACUAAACUGCGAUGCUUGCUUUGAUAGCCUGACCAAGAAUGCAGCAUUUGGGAUCGUGGCAAGGGAUAGCAGAGGAGUUGUUAUAGAGCUAGAGGGGGGAAAGAUGAAGACAGAAUCGGCUUCAGCUGCUGAAGCCUAUGCUGUACGAGAGGCUGUCCAGAUGGUAGAAAGAAAGAAAUGGCCAAAAGUUGUGAUUGAGUCUGAUUCAGAAAAUGUAAUAAAAAAUAUCAGAAAGGAGGAACCUGUCCCUCGCUCCACACCUAGCCAAUCUCCGCCAUACGGCAAGAGAGCGCUCCCUUUCGUUCACCUCCCCCAGACUCGCAAGCUCGGUAGUAAUGCUCGCCCAUCUGAGGACAGAUUUGGCGGGUUCCGAGCCUUAGCAGGUGGGUUCCCACUCGGCCGACUGUCUUCCCGCACUGAGUAG